AUGGCAUCCGAGCCCAGCCACCAUUUCGGGGACACAGCCGUCAACUGCGACAGAAUCGUCGACCUUGGACUUGAGGCGGCAGCAACUCUCCGACUUGGUGAAUCGCAACGAUUUGAGGAGGAUGCAGGAUUCUCUGUUCUGGAGAAGAAACAUUCGGACAUACCCCCUGGUCCAUGCGCAACCAUGUCCUGCAGCCUCGGUUCCAGAUGUUUACAGAGUCGGUCUGGGAAAGCUGUAUGUGUAAAAGAUGAGGAGAAGCUCCAUCAUUCGAAUUCCCAAAAACGCAAAGAUCACAAGCCUGGAGACAAUCUACUCCAUGAAGCCAGCAGGGACGGCGACCUUUGCCGAGUGCAACAGAUCAUGACUGAUAGUCACGUUGAUAUCAACAGCAGAGAGAAGGAACAUGGAAUGACCCCGGCAAUGUUGGCGGCUCAUGGGGGACACAAGGAUGUGUUUGACUUUCUUGUUAGGAACGGAUGUAAUUUGUCGGUUGUUGAUAGCACAGGUAAUAACAUUCUUCAAAUGGCCUGCUUCGGAGGACAUGUUGGAAUAGUGAAAUACAUCGUGUCACUUGCCAUAGUGGACAUGAACAGUAUAGGACAUUAUGGGAGAACACCAAUGAUGACAGCAUCAUUCCAAGGGAAUCGCAAGGUCUUUAAGUUCCUUCUUGAAGAGGGAGCUAAGUCGACAUUGAGGGAUGAGGCCGGUGACAACAUCCUUGAAAUCGCCUGUAGAGGUGGACAUACAGAGAUGGCCAAAUAUAUCAUCUCACUGAACAUUGUGGAAGGCCACAGCAGAGGAUAUCAUGGAAGAUCCAGAUUGAUGACGGCAGCGUGGAUGGGGAACAGGGAAUUGUUUGAGACAUGCAUAUGUGCAGGAGGUACCGUGUCGGAAACUGAUGCUGAUGGAAGCAACAUUUUACAUCUGGCCUGUUGUGGAGGAGAUGUGGACAUAGUGAAGUACAUCCUCUCCCACAACAUAACGGACGUCAACAGUAGAGGGACAGGUCAAAGGACACCAGCGAUGAUGGCAGCUGCUUGUGGAAGCAGACACGCGUUCGAGUUGAUUGUUAGCGAAGGAGGUGAUGUGUCAAAAGUUGAUGUUCAUCUUAACAAUAUCCUACAUGUGGCCUGUUUGCAAAGCCAAUUUGAGAUGGUGAAGUAUAUUACCUCACAGAACAUUACAGAUAUCAACAGUAGAGGAGACACCGGGAGGACACCACUAAUGAUGGCAGCAGGCAAGAGUCAUAAAGGUGUGUUUGACUUUCUCGUGCGUAAAGGUGCUGAUACUUCACUUUACGAUUCAAAUGGCGAUAACAUCCUGUUUUUGGCCUGCACAGAAGGACAGGUGGGAAUAGUAGAUUACAUCCUCUCACGCAACAUAACUGACGUCAACAGUAGAAGGGCAAAUUGCAUGACACCAAUAAUGGCGGCAGUAAGUUGGGGACAAAUAAAAGUGUUUGCCUUCCUUGUGAGUAUGGGAGGUGACGUGACAAUGCUUGAUCGUAAUGGUAACAACAUCCUGCACAUCGCCUGUUAUCAUGGAGAGAUAGAGAUGGUAAGGUACAUCCUUUCUAGCGAGUUUGUGGAUAUUAACACCGAGAACAAGAACGGCAACACAGCAGCAACGAUAGCCACACGUAGAGGUCAUGGGGACCGUGUGUACUACCUAUUGAAAGUAACAGAGUUACCGGUGUAUGCUAGGGACAAGUGUAUCGUUAGCAUUGACAGGUCACCCGUGUACAUGGAGAGGACAGAAGUGCCGGUAGUGACAGGUUACGGGCACAAGGAGGGAACACUUUACAGGUUACCGGAUACUGCGCUACUGGCCGUGUGGAAGACCCGGCGGAG